CGGCUAGUUAGUUUUCCUCUUUCUACCUUCGAGGUAUCCCUUCUUGCAAUAAUAAUCCAAUCCCCCACUCCGCGUAGACCCCCUUAUACCUUUAGAUUCUGAGUCGUAGUCCCGUCAUCCACUGGUGUAUGUAGUGAAGUUCAGAGGGAGCUAGUUGCUAGAGCACUGUUGGAGCUGCCGUCUUCCUUUUGUGGUGAUGUAGUCAUGUUCGCACUUGUCAUCAACCUCGCAUGAUAUCGAACGCCAAUCAUUGUCGUCUAAAAACAAAAGAUGGGUUGUAGUCAUUCGGACCUACCACAGCGGCGACUCGUUGUAACAGCUCCGAGCCCGUACAGUGAGAAGGCCUUUGACGUGCUGGAAACCGAUCGACAGCCGCGCUCUCGUUCCUCAUCACCAGCCAAGCGGAGUCGUGUGUCUUUUCUUGAUGAGCUGGAGGGCGAUUAUUUGGAAGACGACGAUGGGACUCGCCGAGGUGAUGGCCCUGGGAAGUGGUCUCAUGCAGGAUCGAGCCCUUCGAGACGGGGAGUAGGGGAGAGUCCCUAUGGUAAAUCGAUACUACAGAGAGGUCACGCAUCUCCUGCAAAGCAAGGCAUCCCACCGUGUUCAUCGAGUGACGCAACUGCGCAGGCUGGGGACGGCGGGAGUUCAUCAUCGAGUUCGGGAGAGCGGAGACGCAACUUCACGUGGCGUGCGUCUCGUCUCCCAGGACAGGGCGCCUCCACGGGAAAUGAGUCGGCGGGCGGAAGUGUGUCCUCGACCGGUGGAAGAGGACCUGUGGGUGGAGGCAACUCUAAACGUCAGCAUAAAGCCAUGCCUACGGUCGAUCAGAUUUAUCCACCGCCGCUGCGGCCACGCACGUACAAACAGCAGAAGAGCAGUGGUGAGCUGUCCGUAGACGGAGCCGGUGCCAGUCUGAGUACGGCUUCGACGCCACUUUAUCCCCAAUGCGGGAAAGCAUUCACACCAGGGGGAUUUUCGGAUGCAUCCAACAGUUACGAGGAGCACCUGCUUUACAUCAACCAGCCUGGCGUUGCUGGCAACUUCGCCUACAACAACAAACCGAGUUCGUACCCGGCGAAUGGUGCAAAGAAUCAUGCUGCGGAUUACUCAGCGAACAGUGCGGAAACCUCCGUAUCCACGCGAAAUCUCUACACAAGUGGAUUGGAGGACGUGGAGCUCGAGAACGAUGAUUUUACGAUCUUAGACCGUAGAAUUCCAAGAGUUUCGGUACAAGAUCAAUGUUCAGAGUUCGAGCUCUUGAUGGCUACAGAUUUUUCGCGUGUCUUCCGCUGCGUUUGGCGUAACAACGGGAACAAGAACGAUAUCGCAGCUGCAAAGGCAGCUAGUCGUGCUGUAGCACCGACGCAUGCUACGAAUCUCGCUUCUUACCGUUCGGGAACGACAAAUGUUACGAAUCAGCGGACGGGGCGAACACGGAGCGAAAUGACCUGCGCCACAAUGGGUAAUUAAUGGCUUAGUUAUGAUCGUUCGUUCUCGUACGUAGAACAUUUCUCAUCUUCCAUCUUGUUACCUAGAGUGUCAAGUGGGCGUGCAAAGCUGUCGAAUCGUUGAGACGAGGAUCUUGAAACAAACCGCGAGCAACAAUUUGCCUUAGGUUCAACAGUCUACGACGCGCGUAGUGCAAGAGAUAGUGGUACGCACAGGUCGACCGCGACUUUUCAAACAGACAAUUACACAGCGCGCACGUCGAGUACACUUUACGAUGAGCUGAACAGGAGCAUUACCCGACAGAGUUUUUUCACCAAAAAGUACCAAGAAACGCAGGAAAAGUGGUGGGAGGGUGUACCGAUGAAGGGCAUCAAUAACGGGCGGUUCUUUGCGUUGAAGGAGGUUAGCAAACGCAGUCCGCACAGGGAAGCGUUCACAAAAGAGGUCCAAAUGCUGGCGCACCUGGAGCACCGAAGCAUUUUACGCUUCUUCGGCGUUUACUUGGAGGUCCUAGUUAGGACUGGUCUCGUCCAACUAGUUCUGCGUAGAAUCACAUCUAUUUUCAUCUAUAAGUACUUCAUUGGAUGGCAGAUAGUUGGUUCCGCACGUCAUUAAACAAGUUCUAGAAAAUUUGCAUCCGCUUCGCUCCUGUCACUAACAAAAUCAGAAGCCAUUCAUCACAUUCAUUCAGGACCCGUUUUCGCUCUAUUUCCUAAGCGAGCUCUGUAAGAUGGAUUCGCAGACCUACACAGAGGAGCUUGCGAAAAAGUGUGUCCAGCAGGAAGACAUCACAUUUUUCUCUCGUCCAUUCGGCAUAAAUUGUGACGUGACGGACCCGGUGUAUCGAGUCACGACGGUGGAUGGCCAGGCGGAAAGACUUGGUACCCACAUUGCUCUUGUAUGGUGGAGGCCAGUUUAAACAAAAUUUGGAGGGAAUGACAAUACUAUUUAUUACUGUGGAGGUAAAGUAAAUUACAUUGUAGUAAUGAGCUGCACAACUCCUAGGACCCGUCUUGUAAAUCUUCGACCGACCUCCAACGAAAAAGGUGUCCGUCCACGCUGGGCUCUACGGCGGCAUCCUGAGACCGGUGAGGGACUUCAUCGUUCCGAGAUUAUCCAUAUUUUGAAGGACUACCCAUUGCCCGUGACUGUGACCUUUGACAACGAAGACGAAUGGAAUCAACGGCUCUUAGUUCUGGUUCGCGAGUUUCUCUCUGUGCUUCGAUAUCUGCAUGAGGACAAGCGCAUUGUGCACGGCGACAUCAAGCCAGGUAAUGUCCUCAUUGACAUGAAGAAUAAACUGAAGCUAUGUGACUUCGGCAGUGCUAUCCAAGUAGCUUCAAGCGGCUUUCUGCAGACCUGCACCUGUGGAACCGAAGGCUACCGCGCACCGGAAAUCACGGAUGCAGGAACAAUGGGGUACUACUUAUUUCUGUGAUACUACUGGUAUGAGUCGUGUGUGUCACUCUGUGUGUGUCUUUCCCUCUACAAGAUGAAUUUUCUGAUCAGUGUCUCUUUAAUCAAGCUGGCGGUGAGCGUCUGAGUUCACAACUUGAUUUGAUAGUGCUUAUAUUUAGUCGCUUAUUCGGUGGGUAGGUGAGUGCCGUUUUGCUUCUGCGGUCCUUGUUGAUGGGAAGUACUCCUGCGAAGGUAACCCUAGUAAGUAGUUAGUGCUAUGCUUCAGGUACGACGGAUUCCGAGCGGACAUAUAUUCGGUUGGGAAGACGCUAGAACUUUGGACGAAAAAUCCGGAAGCCAAAGUACAGUGGGAUUAUAGCGUGAAUCCCGCUAUCAGGUGGAUGAUAUCUGAGGCCGCACAAGAGCAGCCAUUAUUGAGGCCUAAAAUUGGUUACAUGCUCUCCUCUAUUUUCGAGGACCUCCCUUUUCAUACAUAGAAGUGAUCCUUGCCUUUGUGAUUUGACUUGUUUCUUUCGUGGAAGGAACAUAGUUAUUUGGUCACUUUUCUACUUGUUCUUGAAAAAUUGACGAUGGGCUUUUUUGUUUCAUGUUCUUGAUUCUUGCCUUUUACAGUCAUUUUCAGUAAUAGACUGCUAGUGUCUAAUAUUGAUUCUUCUUUUCGACAAUCCUCGACAAAUAAAACUAAUUUGGAAAUUGUCACUCCUCUCGAAUAGAAUGAACUUCCACACGCUGGUCAUUAGUUAGUCUCUUUUUCCUGUACAGAAAAAUGCACGACGGCUUUCUGCGUUCUUUGUUUUGUCUGUUUUCGCUGCUGAAAAGAGUCCACUUAGCAAAAUGUAAUGAAUAAAACAAAAACAUGAGCUGAUACAUGCUUCUCCCAAGCAGAGCUUUUUUUUGGAUCUCCGCUGUAGCCGGAUUUGCGUUCACUUUUGUCGUAGUGUCGUAGAUAGAUAGGCAUUUUUUCUGUUCUUGGAUCUCUCUCUCUCACAUCCCAAUCAAACUUUAGGAACAGACAGCAUAGUAAUUUCUUACAAAAAAUGACCUCGACGAUCCGCGCGCAAGCUGAAGCUGCAUAGCUACUUGCACAUAAUACAGAACUUUUUUUCAUUUUAACAAGGAGAGCCGUUUCUUGAAUUCUAAGGCCAAUGAGACUGUUCUUGGAUCUCUGUAAAGUGUCAUGAUUAAUAUAGACAAUAGAUCAUCCAAUCCCCAAUCAUGAGUCAUGAUGUCGCUUCCCUGUCCCAGAUUCUCUGCAGUUUUCCCCAUUUUUGUGUUACCCCAUGGUGCAUUUGAAACCAAACAAGGACAGACUUUUGCAAUUGUCUCUGCAGAUUCACCACAGAACUGCGGAAACUGCAAGAACAAGGACCUGCAACUGGCGAAUAUGUGGACUUUCAAGACGACAUUUGGCUGUGGGACGGUGAACCCAAGUUGGGAGUUAGGAAACUGACGCACCCUUUUGCACUCAAGCUGCGAGAUUACAUUUCAACUAACGCACUGAAGAAGAUAACGAGAUCGCAUUUUAGAAACGAAUUCAAAAACAUCUUGGAGCACUUGGAUCCGAUGGAAUGAAUAAGAAAUUGGCCAGUUUGAUCAAUUGAAAACAACAACAUGAAAAAGGAAGUAAAAGAACACGAACACGGUGUCUGCAAUGAUGAAUGACGGUAAAACAUACAAAAACUCUGUCUUAUCGUUCUCCCGGGUUGAUCUUCCUCCCUCUUAGGGUUGAGGCAGCUACAGGGAUUUCGUGGCCAUCAUUAGUUGAUUAUGUAAAGGUAUUCCACGCUGAUCUUCCCUCCUCUUAGGAUUGAGGCAGUGUUGGUUCGUCCGAAAGCUGCUUCUUGUGUGAGGCUUCUGCAUUUCGUUAUGCCGUCCCAGAGGACGAUGCUAGGUUAGAGUGGAAUUCAAGGCCUCCCUGUAUCCCUUCGCUUCCUCGC